CAGUGUUGACCAAUCAAUAUAUUAAAACACGGGAAAGAGGAAGAAACGACCGGAAGUUUACAAUUUUUUGCCAAACAAAAACCGAGCUUACACUUUAUUCUGUUUUUACCAACCUUUGACUAAAAGUAUCAGCUAGAAACAAAUAUAGGGGAACAUGGUUUGUGAAAAAUGCGAGAAAAAGCUCGGUAAGGUCAUCACACCUGACACCUGGAAGGACGGAGCAAGGAAUACAACAGAGGGUGGUGGCCGUAAGCUCAAUGAAAACAAGAUCCUCACAUCCAAGAAAGCCAGGUUUGACCCAUACAGCAAGACGGGUUUUGCUACCUGCAGGAUAUGCAGAAGCUCAGUUCAUCAGUCUGGAUCACACUACUGUCAGGGCUGUGCGUACAAGAAAGGAAUCUGUGCAAUGUGUGGAAAGAAAGUUCUGGACACCAAGAACUACAGACAGACAUCGGUGUGAGAACGUGCCGCACAGAUAACAGUUCCAGAAAUGAACAACAGAUGUGAGGAUGACACUGAAUAAGCUUCCACAAUAUUGUGCUCGACAUAUAUCCAUAACUCAUUUAUGUUCUUUAACCCACCUUUAGUGAAAGAAAGGGAUUUGGAGCUGGCUUUGCCCUCUUAUUACAAAAUAUUAUAUAAUGCCACUGGAACUAUUACAGUGGCCGUACACAGGGAAGCACCUUUUAUAUCCGAAAAAACCACCGGUCAUCACCUGUUUCUUUACUACAGGCUUAUAGAUUUCUUUGUAUAUUUUAAACUCAGGCGUUAUAUAUAUUUGCUUUACAAAUAGGUUGAUUUCUGUAUGUGAUGUAUCAAGUGUGGCAUUUUUGAUUGAAUUAAACCAUUCAAUAUAAA